UAGGAUGCUAGCGUCUAUGUCUGUUGUUUGUAAAUCUGCAUGCAUUUAUUCCAAAUGUGGAUUGAUUUGGGUGUAUGAGUGUAUAUGAGUGUGUAUGAAUGUGUGUGUGUGUGUGUGUGUGUGUGUGUGUGUUUGUGUAUGUUUAUGUAGGGAGGUUCUCCUGAAGGUCUUAAUGCAGCUGCUUGGCUGUUGGAGCUGUUAGUGGGUUGCCAGGAGCAACAGAGAGCCAAAACAGAUUAAGAAAUUCAAGUUGCUCAGCAGAGACUUACCUCAGCAGAGAUAUACCUCCAGAGCUACUACACAACUACUACACAACCCCCUGCACAACAAUACACUCACAAUUCCAAAUAACAACCGAUAACAAUACACAGCCACACCACCAACUACACUCAAAUAUCACCACACAAAGUAACACAACCACAAACAACAACACACAAUCACACAAACACCACACAGACAAACCAGAGGCAUGCACCCACAGCCAGAAACAUAACUAACAACACAAAAUCAAACUACAUACAACCACACCACCAAAUAAUGCACAAAGGAAAAGACAAAAGAAAAAUACACACAACUUACUGGCACUCAGUAAAAUGACAAUUCACUGAACAUUGAACAACAACCAAUAACAACACCUAAAUAAUGCAUACAGCCAAACCACACAGUAUCAUAUCACAACAAAUACACUUCAAUAGAUCCAGCCAACAACUAACACCACACCACACAAACACAACAGCACACAACCAAAUAAAACCCAAAGUGCACACCAUCUCCUAACUCAAGGCUAAACAACAUUUAAACAUAACACACAGCACAGUACACACCACCGAGCAAAUGUUUAAAUGUGUCCCUGAACAGGUAUUCUUGAAACUGUGACAUUAGAAUAGAGGAAACAUUACAUAUUUGUAUCUUUCAGUAAAAUAUUAUGAAUGACACACACAGACACACACAUGCACACACAAACUCCCAUUUCCCACAGGAGAUCUACACCGUGUGUUCGGUUAGUGCUUUUGCCCACUGGCCAUGACAUUGUUGAAAAAUCAAACACAAACAUCCCCUGAUGUGGUCCAGGUCAAUCAAAACAAAUCGCUCUAGUGUGAAAGCCACGAGCCUUGCUGGCCUCAACAGUCCGGAUGCCAUACACCUCUGACAUUUGGACCGUGUAAUUGGGGAAGGUGUUUCUUGGGAUCUGGAUGGGGGAGACACCGAAAGCCUCCACAGCACAUGCCUCUGGGCCAUCCCGAGGGCCCGGAACCGGGAGACAGGGGCCCCGGGGCCCAGCAGAAGCCGGAGCAGACAGCAUCUCAAGUUGAGCUGGCAGAGUGAGCUUCGGAAGGAAAAGAAUUGAACUUCCUGUGGGACAGAACAAAGCGAUGGCCCCUGCUUCAGAGGACCCUCGGAAGCACUUUCUUCUCACAACUGCAUGGAACUACUUCAGCCUGAAGCCGCAGCUCUCUCUGUUCAGCUGCACAGAGCUCAACAGCUUCCUGGACGAUGCCAGCGAGUUCCUGCUGGCUGCCAGCAGACAGGGAGAUGAGCUGCACUUCUCUAAUAAGAUGGACAGUGGGUGGGGGGAGGAACGGGUGCUAGUGUUCUUUAAGCUUCGUCCGUGUGUGAUUACAGAAGAAAAUGUGAGCAGUGUCCUGGUCUCCUCCAUGCUGGAAUCUCCAAUCAGCACACUGUAUCAGGCCCUCAGACAGGUGUUCAACCCAGCCCUCUUACAGGAUGAGAAAUGGAGUCAAGUGUUUGACCCACGGCUGCAGUCCUUGCUCAGUGAGUUGGAGGUGGGAUUGGGAUCUGUACUUCGACACACACACCCAAAGAAUCCUGGGAAAAGGAGUCUUUCUGAGGAUGACGUUCUUGGUAUUGUGACACCUUGUGAUGAAUUCCAGUAUUGGACAGAACUGGUUCACUUGAGAGAGAGGAGCACUGAAAGGGAGAGAGCAGUUCACUUCUGUGAGCUGUUCAGUCCUAUCGAGAAGGUCUACAGUAAUCUUGAGAGUGUGUGUCUAGUGGAGGGCCUGGAUCUGGUGGAAAGCACGCGAGACGUGUUGGAUGAUAUAUGGAGACAGAGUGAACAUGCACCUUACCCUGAAACACGCAUGCGCAGGCUCCUAGAUGUCAUAGGCUCGUCUCUGGGCCGGUUUGUUCAGAAGAAGCUGGGCACGCUGCACCUGUGGGAAGAUCCAUACUUCAGUAUCAGAGAGAGCCUUAGAGGGGGCGUGGCCAUCUGUGAACAGUGGGUGACGGCUUGUGAGCACCUGACUGGCCACGUGUGGAAACACUACACACCACACCCAUGGACGGGAGACAAACACUGCCCACACAGCCUCCCGAACCUCAUCCACCGAUUGGAGGAGGUGCUACAAAUCCGAACAGUUCAAGAGAAAUUGCAGCGUUUGUUAUCAGCAGGCCAGCAGCAACCUUUGACACCCAGAGUGUUUGACCCUUUCACUGGACUCAACCCUGUACUCUACAAUCCUUAUACUGAGUCUUUGUGGAGAGCUGCUGUAUCUCAGUUUGAGAGGGUGAUCGCCCCUGCUGAACAGGAAGUGGCAGGAAAACUUAAGACCUGCAUCAGGGAUGUACAAGACAGUCCUCAGCAGUUACUGCAGGUUUUCCAGAAGCACAAAGACCUUAUUAGACGGCCGACCGUGAGCAAAGCGCUCCAGCCAGAGAGAGAGAUCCUACUCACACGACUGCUUGACUACUGCAAAGGGCAACGCACUGACUUUGAGAGCCGUUGCCAUGGUACUCCAGGAGAGAAGAGUGGGCCUUUGGCAGGCCGCAACCUCCCUGAAGUAGUCAACAACAUAGUGUGGGUGAGACAGCUAGUCAUCAAGGUAGAUGAUUCUCUAAAGAUGGCAGAGGCGCUGUUGUCAGACCUGCCAGGAUUUCGUUCAUUUGCGCGUUUCUGUGAUGAGCUGCGGGAGCAGCUAAGGGCGUAUGAGCAGGAGCAGUUUGAGGAUUGGUCACGAGAACUGCUGUCCAGCCUCACUGAUCCCAAAUCAGGAAUCAGUCUGCAGGCGAGCGACCGUGUGAUGGAGCUGGACCACGUGGAUGGGACGCUGAAGGUCCAUUACUCCGAGCGGCUGCUGAGUCUGCUCAGGGAGGUGAGGCAGCUCUCUGUUCUCGGCCUCGCCAUCCCUGCCAAGAUCCAGCAGGCUGCCAGCACCGCAGACAAGUUCUACAAGCAGGCUGUCGUACUCAAACAGGUGGCUUAUUUCUACAACACUAUAGACCAGCAGAUGAUCCCGGCCCAGAGACCCAUGAUGUUGAACUAUGCCCUGGCCUUUGAGCAGGUCAUUAAGCAGAGUCAUUCAGAAGGGCAUGGUGGCAACAGGAGGCUCCAGAUAACGUGGGAGAAGCCCAGAGAGCUGGAGCUCUACAUCAGCAGGCUGCAGAACGCCGCCGAGAGGCUCUCCACUGAGAACAGGAAGCUUCGCAAGUGGCACUCUGACUUCACUGACAAGGUGGGGGUGCUAAUGGGGGUUGAUCUACUACGGCAGCAGCAGCGUUGGAAGGAUGGACUGCAGGAGCUCAGAACCGGCUUCGCCACCCUCGAGGCCCAGGGGAUCCGUGUAAGUGAUAUGCGUGCAUGGCGGCAGCACUGGAACCAUCAGCUGUAUAAAGCUCUGGAGCAUCAGUACCAGGUGGGCCUGGAGGCCCUCAACAAAAACCUGCCUGAAAUACACACACACCUCAUCUUCAAGCAGGGCCGCCUGCAGUUCCGUCCAGCCUUUGAGGAGGUCAGGGCCAAAUACUAUCGGGAGAUGAAGCGCUUCAUCAGCAUCCCCAACCAGUUCAAGGGCGUGAGCGAGCCAGGCGAGGAGCCGAUCUUCAGUGCCAUGAUCGAGCGCAACGCCAGCAGCUUCCUCUCUGUGUACAGCAAAGCCGAGCAGCUCUUCGGCAGGCUGCUCCGCGUACAGGACACGUUCCGGGAGUGGGUGGUCUUAGGACAGUUGGAUAUGGAAGCUCUAGUAGAAAGGCACCUGCACAGUGUACAGGACUGGGAGAAAAACUUCAGAGCCCUCAAAGCAAAGGGGAAAGAGUCUGAACGCCUCCCCAGUAUGGAGAAAGUGGACUGUGUCACAGUGAACUGUGAGCCAGUGAGGGCUGUGAUUGAUGAUCUAAUCCAGAAGCUCUUUGACACACUGUUGUCGUCUCUGCGAAAAUCCAUCCAGGGUCACAUCCAGGCCAUAGACUCAUUUGUUACUAGUGCACUGGAGAUGUUAUCUAUCCGACCAGAAAGUAUAGAAGAGAUUGGUGAUGCCAAUGCCAGACACAGUCAACUACAGGCCAAGAAACCUGAGGUUCUUCCUCAGUUCCAGCAGGCUGAGGAGAAGAACAGGUUGCUGCGUUCAGUGGCAGGAGGCGGUGUAGAUUCCAUCAGCUCCCUCAGAGCCAAGUGGGACAAGUUUGAGCUCAUAAUGGAGAGCCACCAGCUCAUGAUCAAAGAACAAGUGGGGGUGAUGAAGGGGAGUGUAGCUUCCCGCGUGCAGGUGUACCUGCAGGAGCUGCAGAAGUUUGCCACUCGAUGGGAGCAGCUCAGACCCAGCCAUGACAUCAUUGAGUCAGGUGACCAGCAGGCCCUGCAGCGGGCUGUGGAGAGCGUCCACGAGAAGAGAGCCGAGUUUGAAGAGCUUGAGUGCAAACGCAAAAAGCUCAUGGAGGACUGUGAGCACUUUGAGCUGGACAUUCCAGACAUGUCUCUGGCAUAUGACACACUGCGGGACCUGCAGGAGUGCUCGGACAUGUGGGCAUUUUAUGAGCAGUUUCAGCAGGGCCUGGAGCACAGCGCACAGCAGGACUGGAUAACAUUCAGGAGCAAGACAUAUGAGUUUGAGGAGUUUCUGUUCACAUGGCAUGAGCGCCUACGGAAGGUGGAGGCGCACACGACCAUGUCUGUCAUGCUGCAGAAGGAGGUGGACAAAUACAAGGGCCUGGUCCCUGUACUGAAGUAUGUGCGGGGUGAGCAUCUGUCUCAGGAUCACUGGUUGGAUCUGUUCCGCAUGCUUGGGCUGCCCAGAGGAACCACACUGGAGAAACUUCUGUUCAGAGACCUACUGAACGUUACACACACCAUCGUAGACAAGGCCCUGGAGCUGAAGGACCUGAACAGCCGUGCGCAUGCGGAGGUGAGCAUCCGCGAGGCUCUGCGAGAAUUGGAGCUGUGGGGGGCAGGGGUCAGCUUCUCCCUGAGCGAGUACAGGGAUAGCGCCGGUGACCCCGUGAGCCUCAUCCGCGACUGGAGGGACGUGGUCACCCAGGUAGGGGACAACCGCUGCCUGCUUCAGUCCCUGAAGGACUCGCCCUACUACCAGCGCUUCCAAGACAAGCUCGCACUGUGGGAGGGCCGGCUGGCCGACCUCGACGAGUACCUGCACAGCCUCAACACCAUCCAAAGGAAGUGGGUCUACCUCCAGCCCAUAUUUGGCCGCGGGGCGUUGCCGCGGGAGCAGGCCCGCUUUCAGAGAGUGGACGAGGACUUCAGGGCUAUUAUGUCUGACGUGCAGAGAGACAGUAGGGUGAUCUCGCUAACAGCCCGAGCAGGGAUGAGGAGCUCUUUAGUCACCCUACAGGACCAGCUGCAGCGCUGCCAGAAAUCCCUCAAUGACUUCCUGGAGGAGAAGCGGUCUGCGUUUCCACGAUUCUACUUCAUCGGUGAUGACGACCUGCUGGAGAUCCUGGGCCAGGCCACCAACCCCACUGUCAUCCAGACCCAUCUGAAGAAGCUCUUUGCGGGUAUCCACAGUGUGGACUUUGAUUUGAGCUGCAGUAGAAUUAUAGCUAUGAGGUCACUGGAGGGAGAGGUGGUGCCUUUGAGAAACACCAUCACCAUUAACAAUGAUGUGGAGGUGUGGCUAAGUGAGCUGUCAAAAGAGAUGAAAGAGACACUGAAGUUUCUGCUGUGUGAGUGUGUGAGCUCAGUGAAGCGAGGAGGCGUGGACCCCAACCGCUACCCCUCACAGAUCCUUUGCUUGGCUGAGCAGAUUCAGUUUACAGAGGAUGUGGAGAGUGCCAUCCGUCAGCAGGACCUCCACCAGCUGGAGCUGGAGCUGAUGGCCAAGCUGGAUCACUACACCAACACAGACACCAGCACCGACUCUGCGGAGUCCGGUGUGCUGCAGUUGAAGCUGAAGACUCUGGUUCUGGAUGUGAUCCACAACCUGUCGGUGGUGCAGCAGCUGCUGGAGACCCACGCGCACAGCACGGACGACUGGGUGUGGAAGAAGCAGCUUCGCUUUUACAUGGACCCUCAACAGCACUGCACCAUACACAUGGUGGAUGCAGCCUUUAACUACACCUACGAGUACCAGGGUAAUGCCCCUAAGCUGGUCCACACUCCCCUGACGGACAAGUGCUAUCUAACGCUGACUCAGGCCAUGAGAAUGGGCUUGGGGGGCAACCCGUACGGCCCGGCAGGGACGGGCAAGACCGAGUCCGUCAAAGCUCUGGGGGGGCUGCUCGGCAGACAAGUGCUGGUCUUCAACUGUGACGAGGGGAUCGAUGUGAAGUCCAUGGGCCGUAUCUUUGUUGGCUUGAUGAAGUGUGGCGCAUGGGGCUGCUUCGAUGAGUUCAAUCGCCUGGAGGAGGCUGUGCUGUCUGCUGUGUCUAUGCAGAUCCAGGCCAUCCAGAACUCUCUGAAACACCACACAGCCACCUGUCAGCUGCUGGGGAAAGAGGUGGAGUUGGACCCAAACUCUGGAGUCUUUAUAACUCUGAACCCUGCGGGUAAGGGUUAUGGAGGGAGACAGAAACUUCCAGAUAACUUGAAGCAGCUGUUCCGGCCAGUUGCCAUGACGAGCCCGGAUAAUGAGCUGAUAGCUGAGGUCAUCUUAUACUCAGAAGGCUUUAAGGAGGGAAAGGAGCUCGGACGCAAACUCGUGGCCAUAUUCAAUCUGGCCAGGGAGUUGCUGACCCCCCAGCAGCACUAUGACUGGGGUCUGCGUGCACUGAAGACAGUUCUAAGGGGCUGUGGGAGUUUACUGCAGCUACAGAGAAAACAGCAACACGACCAGCAGACACAAAUAAAGGAGAGUGGUCUUGUGGUCCAGGCCCUAAGGCUGAACACCAUGUCUAAGCUGACCUUUGCAGACAGCGCUCGGUUUGACGCGCUGGUGAGAGAUGUAUUUCCUGGGGUGGACUUCAGGGAUGUGGAGUAUGAAGCGCUGAGCACUGCCCUGCUGGCCGCUUAUGAGGAGGCGUGUCUGGAGGUCAUACCGAGCCAGAUGAAGAAGGCCCUGGAGCUGUAUGAGCAGCUGAAGCAGCGGAUGGGCGUCGUGGUGGUGGGGCCAAGCGGGGCGGGUAAGUCCACCCUCUGGAGGCUGCUGAGGGCGGCGCUGGGCCGGCUGGGCCUGCAGGUGAAGCAGUACACGGUGAACCCCAAAGCUAUGCCGCGACAGCAGCUGCUGGGCCACAUCGACAUGGACACACGCGAGUGGACGGACGGUGUACUCACCUCCUCCGCCAGGCAGGUGGUGCGUGAGCCGCAGGAGGUGAGUUCAUGGAUCGUGUGCGAUGGCGACAUCGACCCAGAGUGGGUGGAGUCUCUGAACUCCGUCUUGGACGACAACCGCUUGCUGACGAUGCCCAGUGGAGAGCGCAUUCAGUUUGGCCCCAACGUCAACUUCCUGUUUGAGACCCACGACCUGAGCUGCGCCUCGCCUGCUACCAUCUCCCGCAUGGGCAUGAUCUUCCUCAGUGACGAGGACACUGCUGUGGGCUCUCUGCUGAGGGCAUGGUUGAGAAGAGAGGAGGAGGAGAACAAGGCGCAUCUGGAGAACUGGCUGAAUGAUUACUUCCAGCAAGCACUGGACUGGGUUUUCAGACAGAAUGAUUUUGUAGUGGAGACCAGUCUGGUGGGGACAGUGAUGAAUGGUCUGUCCCAUCUGACGGGGGUGAGGGAGCGGGGCCAGUUUGUAGUUGGCCUGAUCCGUGGGCUCGGUGGAAACCUCCAUCUCAAAUCACGUCAGGAAUUUGCCAAGGAGGUUCUGAGCUGGGCGAGGGAGACUCCUCCAGACCCACGGAAGCCUCUGCAUACGUACUAUGAUGCUGAGUCAGGCCGGCUGAGGGCGUAUGAGCUACAGCAUGGGGAUGGAGUGUGUGUGGAGGACUUCAACAGUCCACACACACUCCCUGUCAUACACACUCCCGACAUGCAGCGAGCACUUCACGUCUUCACACGCUGGCUCCAGUCCGGACUCACACAGCCCUUCCUGUUGGUUGGACCAGAAGGCUGUGGAAAGGGGAUGCUGUUGCGAUAUGCGUUCUCCAGGCUGCGCUCUACACAGGUGGCUGUGGUGCACUGCAGCGCUCAAACGUCAUCCCGUCACGUGCUGCAGAAACUCUCGCACACAUGUGUCACCAUCAGCUCCAACACGGGCCGCGUGCUCCGCCCCAAAGAUUGCGAACGUCUUGUCCUCUACCUCAAAGACAUCAACCUCCCCAAACCAGACAAGUGGGCCACCAGCAACAUCAUUGCUUUUCUACAGCAGGUGUUGACAUAUCAUGGAUUCUAUGAUGAGAACCUGGAGUGGGUGGGGCUAGAAAACAUUCAGAUUGUGGCCUCCAUGUCAGCAGGGGGCGCCCUAGGACGACACACGCUCACCACUCGCUUCACGUCUAUUGUGCGCAUCUGCACUAUUGAUUAUCCUGACAAGGAGCAGCUGCAGACGAUCUAUAGUGCAUAUCUGUCACCAGUGUUGCAGAGAACUCUGGGAGAUCACCCAACUUGGAGCGCCGCUGGGAGAAUCCACCAGCUCUCCGGCUCAUUGGUGCAGAUCUAUGAGCAGGUAAAGGCUAAGUUCACUGUGGAUGACCAUAGUCAUUACCUGUUCACACCAUGUGUGCUGACUCAGUGGGUGCUGAGCCUGCUCAGAUACGACCUGACGGCAGGUCUUUCUGCCGUUCGCUCUCCCGGCGUUUCCAUUACCGACUCUGUGUUGGAGGUGGUCGUUUAUGAGGCUCACCGGCUGUUCAGAGACAGGAUUGUCUCCAGUAAAGACUUAAACACAUUUGACAACAUACUGAGUUCCAUCAUCAGAGGGGACUGGAGCUCAGACGUGCUUGACAACUUGUCAGACACGUACUUUGUGACAUGGGGAGCGAGUCACGAGGGGCGGGUCCCUGGUCAGCCACCCCCCCCUUACGGCAAACCCUUGGGCCGCCUCAACACCUCCGACCUCACCGAGGUUAUUCGCAAGGGUGUUGCGCUGUAUGGGCGUGACAACCGUGAGAUGGAGCUCCUGCUCUUCCCGGAGGUCCUGGACUACAUGGCGCAGGCGGACCGGGUUCUGAGCCGGCCGGGAGGGUCCCUGCUGCUGGCCGGCCGGAGCGGAGUGGGUCGCCGCACAGCCGUGAGCGUGGUCAGCCACAUGCACGGCGCCACGCUCUUCACGCCCAAAAUAUCCCGCUCCUAUGGCCUCAAGCAAUUCAGAGCGGACCUGAAAACCGUGAUGCAGUUAGCUGGCAUCGAAGGGCAGCAGACGGUGCUGCUGUUGGAAGAUUAUCAGUUCGUUCAUCCCUCCUUCCUAGAGAUGGUCAACAGUCUCCUGUCCUCAGGUGAGGUUCCUGGGUUGUAUUCUACUGAAGAGUUGGAGCCAUUACUGUUGUCUCUGAAGGAUCAGGCUUCACAGGAUGCCUUCACCGGACCCAUUUUCAACUACUUCUCCCACCGUGUCCAGCAAAACCUCCAUGUGGUGCUGAUAAUGGACUGCACUAAUGAACAUUUCACUAUUAACUGUGAGAGCAACCCAGCACUGUACAGGAAGUGCUGUGUGCAUUGGAUGGAGGGCUGGUCUGAGAGCAGCAUGAAGAAGAUCCCUGAGAUGUUUUUGGCUGGGAUGGAAAAACAGGAGAAGAGCUCAGAUAAAAAAAAGCACAGUUUAGCUUCGGUACAGGCGGAUUUCUUUCACUCAUUCCUGAAGAUCCAUGAGUCCUGUCGUGAGUACAGGGCCACACCCAGCCACUAUCUGAGCUUCCUCAGAGUGUACCAGUCCAUCUACAGCAGCAAGCAGAAGGACCUCACUCAGAGACAGCAGCACCUGCAGGCGGGCGUGGCUAAGCUGAAUGAAGCAAAGUCAUUGGUUGAUGAACUGAAGAGGCGGGCCGCUGAGCAGAGUGUUCUACUGAAGACCAAGCAGGCCGAGGCCGAUGCAGCCCUGCAAGAGAUCACCAUGUCCAUGCAGAAUGCGAGUGAUCAGAAGACUGAGAUGGAGAAGGUGAAGGAGAAAAUGGCUCAGGAGGUGGCCAAGAUCGCGGAGCGUAAGAAGAAGAUCGACGACGAGCUGAAAGAAGUGCAGCCCCUGGUUGAGGAGGCAAAGCACGCUGUUGGCAACAUUAAGCCCGAGUCUCUGUCAGAGAUCCGCUCUCUGCGCAUGCCCCCUGACGUCAUCAGGGACAUCCUGGAGGGAGUGCUGAGGCUCAUGGGAAUGUUCGACACAUCCUGGGUCAGCAUGAAGAGUUUCUUAGCCAAGCGAGGCGUGAGAGAGGACAUCGCAACGUUCGAUGCCCGAAACAUCGCACACGAGAUCCGCCAAAGCGUAGAAGACCUGCUUCACAGGAACAAGGCCUCCUUCGACCCAAAGAAUGCGAAGCGAGCUAGUGCAGCUGCUGCUCCUCUGGCUGCCUGGGUGAAGGCUAACGUACAGUACUCGCACGUUCUGGAGAAAAUACAGCCACUGGAGUUAGAGCAAGCACAACUCGUGGAGAACCUGCGUAAGACGGAGAGCCGGAAAAAUAAGCUGGAGGCUCAGCUCAACUCUGUAGGGGAAAGAGUUCUGGAGCUGAAAGAGAAGUUCCAGUGCCGUACUACUGAAGCUGCAAAGCUGGAGGCUGAUGUUAGCAGAGCUCAGGAGACCAUCAGUGCCGCUGAGAAGCUCAUCCACCAGCUGGAUGGAGAACACACGCGCUGGAACACACAGAUGGAGGAGAUCAGUGAGGAGUUGGACACUCUUCCUAAGAGAGUUCUGCUGGCAGCAGCCUUCAUCACAUACCUGUCAGCAGCACCAGAGAACGAGCGCAGAGCCAGCCUACACACCUGGAUGGACAACUCAGGAUUACAGAAAUUUGACUUGCGUCACUUCUUGUGCUCUGAGAGUGAGCAGUUGAUCUGGAAGAGUGAAGGGUUACCAUCUGAUGACCUGUCCAUGGAAAACGCUCUAGUUAUCCUACAGAUCACAGCACUAAAAACCCAGAGUGUGGCAUGCCCGUUCCUGAUAGAUCCUUCCUCACGUGCGACUGAGUGGUUACGCACUCACUUAAAAGAGCAUCGGCUAGACGUUAUUAACCAACAGGACUCUAAUUUUAUGACUGCGCUAGAGCUGGCAGUGCGCUUUGGGAAGACUUUGAUCAUUCAGGAGUUGGACGGCGUGGAGCCCGUGCUUUACCCCCUACUGCGAAGAGACCUAAUCGCACAGGGUCCACGCUAUGUGGUGCAGAUUGGAGACAAAGUCAUUGACUAUAACGAGGAUUUUCGGCUGUUUCUGGCAACCCGGAACCCCAGUCCCUUCAUCCCCCCUGAUGCUGCAUCCGUAAUUACUGAAGUAAACUUCAGCACAACUAGAUCAGGACUGAGGGGACAGCUCUUGGCAUUGACUAUUCAGCAGGAGAGACCUGAGCUGGAGCGUGAGAAGACCAGACUGCUGCAGCAGGAGGAAGAGAAGAAGAUUCAGCUUGCUCUGCUGGAAGAGUCCCUGCUGGAGACCCUAGCUACAGCUCAAGGUAACAUUCUGGAGAAUAAAGAGCUGAUUGAGUCUCUGAACCAGACGAAGGCCAGCAGUGCCUUGAUCCAUGACGCUCUUGUAGAGUCUCACAGACUACAGAUGUCUCUUGACCAGGAGCGGGAUGCGUAUCUGCCUCUGGCUGAGAGGGCCAGUAACAUGUAUUUUGUAAUAACUGAUCUGUCCCGAAUUAAUAACAUGUACAGAUUCAGCCUGUCUGCAUUCCUCCGAAUCUUCCACAGAGCCCUGCAGACCAAACAGGAGAGUAACAGCACCGAGGUCAGAAUCGCUGUACUGGAAGCAUCUCUGAAGACUAUGGUGUAUGAGUACGUUUGCCGAUCCCUAUUUAAGGCCGAUCAGCUCAUGUUCGCGCUGCACUUUGUGAAGGGAAUGCAUCCUGAACUGCUCCAGGAGAAUGAAUGGGAUACAUUCACUGGCCUAAUAGUAGGAGACAUGGUGAAAAAAGCGGACUCCCAGAAGUCCUUGCAAGAACAGAUUCCUUCCUGGAUUGAUCAGGAGAGACUAACAGCAGUGGCAUUACUCAAGAGCACCUUCCCAGCGCUGUACCAGUCUCUCUGUCUGCACGAUGCCGGCCUCUGGCUCGCCUUUUCACGCAGCUCCACCUGCGAACAGGAAAUUCCACCCUUCAUCACAAAGAAGAUCUCGCGCUUUCAACAGGUGCUGGUGGUGCAGGCGCUCAGGCCGGACAGACUGCAGAGCGCCAUGGCAACCUUCGCUUCACACGCCCUUGGUAUGAGGGAGUUGUCUCCUCCUCCCCUAAAUCUGCGCCGUCUCUAUGGGGAGACUCUGGAAUUGGAGCCAGUGUUGAUAAUAAUCUCCCCUGGAGCAGAUCCAUCCCAGGAGCUCCUGGAGCUUGCCAGUGAGACAGUUGGGCAAGAGAACUACCACGAGGUGGCAAUGGGCCAGGGCCAGGCAGACUUAGCCCUGCAGGUUCUGAGAGAGUGCGCGCGCAAUGGAGAGUGGCUCUGUCUGAAGAACCUGCACCUGGUCACUGCGUGGCUCCCCCUGCUGGAGAAGGAGUUGAACAGCAUACAGCCUAAAGCAGGGUUCAGGCUGUGGUUGACUGCAGAAGUCCAUGCCAACUUCACACCUAUCUUACUGCAGUCCAGCCUUAAGAUCACUUAUGAGGCUCCGCCUGGUCUGAAGAAGAACCUGCUGAGGACGUAUGAGUCGUGGAGUGCAGAGCAGGUCGGUAAAGGAGGGCAAAUCGCACGUGCUCAGUCACUCUUCUGCCUGGCAUGGUUCCACGCUGUGUGUCAGGAGCGACGCAAUUACAUACCACAGGGUUGGACUAAAUUCUAUGAAUUUUCUCUGUCUGAUCUAAGAGCGGGCUUUGACAUCAUUGACCGACUAUUUGAAGGUGGUAGGGUGUUUCAGUGGGAGUUCGUGCAUGGGCUUUUGGAGAACGCCAUCUACGGCGGCCGCGUUGACAACGUGUGUGACCUGAGGGUCCUGCGCUCUUAUCUGCAGCAGUUCUUCAGCUCCCAAGUGCUCACACACUCACAUACUCCCUCCCACAGCAUGAGAACGUCGGCCUUUCCCCCUCAGAUCAACCUCCCUAACUCCUGCAGCAUAGUGGACUAUCGUGGUGUGGUGGAGAGUCUCCCAGAGGACGACAGGCCCAGUUUCUUUGGCCUGCCAGCCAACAUCGAGCGCUCUGCCCAGCGGAUCACCAGCACACAGGUGAUCUCUCAGCUGAGAAUUCUGAGCAGAUCUUUGGCUGCGGGGUCAAAGUUUGACCGAGAUGUGUGGUCUAGUGGCCUAUCGCCCAUUCUCAACCUGUGGAAGAAGCUUAACCAGGGUUCAUCUCUGAUCCAACAGAAAGUAACUCCUCCCAGUGAGGGCAUGGGCUCCCCUGUGCGCUCAUUCAUCCUACUGGAGCAGUUUAACGCCAUUCGAUUGGUGCAGAGCAUCCACCAAUCACUGGCAGCACUCAGUAAGGUGAUCAGGGGCACCUGCCUUCUUACUGCUGAUGUCCACAAACUGGCAACUGCUCUGCUCAACCAGGAGUGUCCGCUGAGUUGGCAGAAUAAGUGGGAGGGUCCAGAGGAUCCAAUGCAGUACCUCCGAGCUGUAGUGGCCAGAGCUCUUGCUGUUCAGAGCUGGGUAGAGAGAGUGGAGAGGAACACUCUCCUAAACGACACUCUAGAUCUGUCUGAACUCUUCCACCCUGACACGUUCCUCAACGCCCUGAGACAGGAAACCGCCAGGUCUAUGGGCUGCUCCAUGGACAGUCUGAAGUUUAUGGCAUCAUGGAAGAGUGCAAUAUCAGGUGCCAAACUACAAGUGAAGGUUGGUGGGCUGCAGUUGGAGGGCUGUAGUUUUGAUGGGAUUCGUCUGAGUGAGAACCAGCACGACUCUCCAAGUGUGUGUGCUGUUCCUGCUUGCCACAUGGCCUGGAUCCCACAGACUGUUCAAGGUAGUUAUUCCCCAGUGGAGUUUGUGUGGCUGCCACUGUAUAUGAGUGCGGAGAGAGUGCGAGUAGUCACACAUGUUCAGCUGCCCUGUGGAGGAAACCAGGACCAGUGGAUCCAGAGUGGAGCUGCUCUGUUUCUCAAACAACAGUAACACACACACAAACCAGUACCAGUGGAUCCAGCAGUAGUGUAUGUGCACACACACACACACACACACACACACACACACACACACACACACACACACAAAGACACACGCGCUUGGUGUGUGUGGGUGGAGCACUGUCUCUUCUCUCUCCGUACGGCUGUGUGCAUUACUGUAGAAAAUCAAUAAAUCUGUUUCUAUACGUUUAAAAUAUUCUUUUAUAUUCAAAUAAAUAUUCAAAUAAAUCUGUCACAAUUGUAGUUGGUUUAUGUACAUUAGCUGUGUGUAUAUUAAUAAGGAACUGUUGUAAAAACAUUCCUGUGGUAACUACAAUGCACUCAUCAAAUAAAUAUUCAAUUAAGUCAAGGCAAAAAA